AUGGAUAGCUCAGGAGUGCUGCUCCGACUGCUGUGCAUCGGCCUGAUGUCUGUUAUGUGCCGAGGACAGGCGUCACAUGAAGUUUCCGCAGAGGACUUUGGCGCGCAGAACUCUGCCGCGGCCGCAGAGAAAGAACUUGUGGAUGCGAUGGAGGCUCUUCUAGUGAAGAUGCAGAGCCAUCUGCCUUCCAAUGAGAAGAGAGGCAUGAUCCGUCCUUGUGGUAUGGGUGACCGGUGUGCCUUGAGGCAUGGACCCCGCAUUGGGAAGCUCUGUGACUGUGGCAGAGUCAGCAGCUGCAACUCCUUCCUCCUCAAAUGUCUCUAA